AUGGCUCAGAAGGAUGUCUGGCUCAUCUCAAUACUGAAAGAGUCAGUUACUGGGUGUUCGUCCGGAUUGGGCAAGGCGCUUGCAAAACAUGCCUAUGAGAUGGGCUGCCCUGUAGUUGCUACAGCUCGGAGGCCCGAAACACUCUCCUACCUUCCGGAUGGUGACAAGAACGUCCUCAAGCUCGGGCUAGACGUGACAGUUGCAGAUCAAGUCGAUCAGAUCAUAAAGACGGCUGUGGACCGCUUUGGCUGCCUCGAUGUCGUGGUGAAUAAUGCCGCAUAUGGCUUGACAGGCGAUACGGAGGUAAUCCCGGAUGCCGAUGCGAGAGCCCAAUUCGAGACCAAUUUUUGGGGCCCCGUGAAUGUUACGAAGGCCGUUCUCCCCGUCAUGCGAGAAGUCAAUCCCCCCGGAAAAGGUGGACUGGUCAUGCAGAUCAGUUCCGUCGGUGGAAGAGUGUGUUUCCCUGGUGGAGCGUUCUAUCAUGCGAGCAAAUUUGCUUUGGAAGGCUUCACGGAUACUGUCGCCAAAGAGAUGCAUCCCGAUUGGAAUAUCAAAUUCACCAUCAUCGAACUCGGUGCUGUCUUGACCAACUUUGUUCAGAACAUGACCCUACCACCGAGGCAUCCUGCAUACGAGGACCCAGCUUGUGGUUAUAACAAAAUCAGGGCCUACAUGACAUCUAUGGCGAACACUGUGCAAUGGAGUGAUCCCGCGGUCUGUGCAAGGGUUUUGCACGAGCUGGCUUCUAAGCGGAAUGAGACCAAGCCCCCUCUACGACUUGCUCUAGGCGCUGACGCUUGGGCCGCUGUCAAGGCCGAACUUGAGAGCAUCACGAGGGAGAACGAAGCGUGGAAGUCUGUUGCGGAGAGUACUUCUCAUGAAGAGAAUGCGAAGGCCAGAGACUUCUUGCUUGACCACCGGCAGUGA